UCGCAAUAAAUAUGUUGAAUCGCUUCUAUUUCCGCUGCUUGAGCACAGCUGCGAAGAGUGCUGAAGAAAAAGCAACAAAAGUGAGCCUUAUAAAGCGGUUAAACUACGAAAAUAAAGCACUGUACGGUGCGGUUAUCAGAACGAGGAAGAAAAAGGUGGUUGCAGCACCGCAAACGCCUAGAAAUGAAACGGAAUUCUCAUCGGAGAUUUACUGGCAAAGUCGCAACGUUUCUCGUAUUAUAGAAACACAAUUACCUCCGGCAACAGCAACCCCGGUUAUCGCUCAAACAGAACCGCAACUAGCCGGAUUGCCCACACCGUUCACGAGACUGGAGCUGAAUUCUAUGAACAGAUUCCCGUUGGUGCCAUCCUCAAGUGGUAUCCUUGAGGCCCGCUGGCCACUACACGAGCAACAUGAAAGUGUGGAAUACAAAGCGCCUUCGGUUAAUCGAGUUCUUACGGCCACAAUGCCGGAAGCUUCGCGACAGGCGCUGCUCCGUUGGAAGGCAUCCAAAAUCGCCGAAUUAGGAGAGGAGGGCUUCCAGCAAAUGCAAAAGGAAAUCUUCGAACGAGGCACUAACUUGCACUCCGUGCUGGAAUUAUGGCUGGCUGGUGAAGACCCUCCGUCGGCGAUGAUCGAGCGAUCCAGCUCCCUGUGGAAGAGUGUAGAAAGUGCCUUAGCCAAGGUAGAGCGUCCUGCACAGAUAAUCGAGAAGAGACUGUACCAUCCUUACCUGCACUACAGCGGAGUAGUCGAUUGCAUGACUUCGAUAGAGGGGAAAUACCACGUGAUCGAAUGGAAAACGUCGGAUAAUCCCAAGAAAACGGUAGCGGCCACUUACGAUGCCCCGAUUCAGCUAUGUGCUUAUCUAGGAGCGUUGCAGGCCAGUAACGAGCUACGGGAGACAAAGGUAGAAAACGGAGCGAUAUUCGUUGCGUACACUAGCGGCAAACCAGCCAAUGUCCAUCUGCUAAAUUCAACCAACAUGCGACGUUACUGGAAUUUGUGGCUACUGCGUCUGCAAGAAUACUGGAUUCGUUAUCGUGAUGGGACCCUUCCGGAACCCAUUUAAUUGCUUGUUAUAGCUUUCCUG